CUGUGGUGUCCCGUGGUAACCAGCCGGGCAUGUUUGAAACGAAAAUACGACCUGGGGCGGGCUGUACUUGUCUGAAGUGACCUGUGUAAUGUAUCUAAAUGUACCUACACUUUACUGCAAGACUUGAUGCCGCAUUUCGGCAACAUUGUUGGGCUCAUCAAAGUAAGAAAGUAGCCAGCUUGCGCUGUUGUUUCAUUUCGCAUCUGCAGAGUUGUAAAAAAUUGGCCGCAUUUGUAGCAGCGGGCUAAUUAGCUCACAUAGCUUCACACUCCGAAACAGCUGAUCUGUCCUCAAACACCCUACUGAUGGACGUGUACAGCUACGUGUGCGUUCUGCUCCUCUGCUUCUGUGUAGUGCUCGGUAAACCAACGCUAAGAAAAGAACGCGUCCACCACGACCCGCUCGAACUGAUUAAGCAAGCCAACGAAGACAAUCAGAGCUUUCAAUUCGACCAUGAGGCCUUUCUGGGAAAGGAGGACGCUUCUACUUUCGACCAGUUUACCCCGGAGGAGAGCAAAGACAGGCUUGGGUAAGGUUCCCUUGCAAAGGCUAGAGAUCCAUGUGAUACAAUGCAGGGUCAGUCAAGUGCAAAACUAGUUAAGGCUACAGCUUAUUUGGUCUCCUCAAUUCCAUUAUUCUCUGACAUCGCAUCACGUUGGUGUCAUUGCAUUGCAAAGGUCUAUAUCUGGACAACAAGUGAUGGUGACGCAACCAACCUCUCGUGCGUAAUGUAGACUAUUGUUACACUUCUCCAAAGUUCUGGGCCUUCUUAGUGGGUCACAAUAGUCGCAUAUUCCUGUUAAUGUAUUCCGUGUUAUCUUGGCUUUAGGUUAUUAAAAUUUCACAACGCGCCCAAGUGGUCCCUGAAACAUUUGCAUGCCAGCAGACCCUCAUGAUAUAACGGUGCAAUAUUAUGCCUUUAAAUGUAGCGCGAGUGCUAUUCGCUCGCACACAUUCCCCGUUCAUAUUAUAAUUGCAGAGUGUAGUUCUUAAUUAUGGAUAAUGCAUUAAAGAAGCAAGAGGAGCUUUUGUGGUGUUGAGAGAGUUGGAUAAAAGUUGAGAACCACGAACAGAAUCGUGUUCGGGGUUUUUAUAUGUGUGUCUCAACCCGUGGAACAUGUCAUCUGCACUGUCUCGAGUGUGUUCUUUCAUAGAGAGACUUGUCCAGCUCCCUAUAGUUAUGUUUCAUCUUUGCCACUGCUCAAAUGUCAUGAAGGCUCCAUGUUACACACGUUGGCUGAAAUGGGCGUAAACUGUGUAGUUGGCGCUUCUCCCUGAGAAUUCCCUUUCCUGAAUAGCAUUGAGUGGGAGGGCCCUCUUAACAUCACAACGUGGCAACCAAGAUGGAUAUAAAUACGUUUACCCUAGUUGGUGGAAAACUAAUUUCCUAAAUAGAACACACUCUCAAUUUCAUUUAUGCACAUGUUCCUCCCAAAGCAAACAUAAAGCAAACGUAACUCAAUAGCUUUUUAUUCUCUCAACAGUGGCUGACAGUAUUUAUAAACGGAUAGUGUUUUUUUGCUAGAAUGACUGCUUACUUAUGCCACUGAAGACAUCAACUCAAGUCUAGGCUACUUUUUCUCAAAGAAAUAUAUGGACCAUUAUAUUCAACUGCAUCUAUGUAUGGCUAUGCAUUAUAAUUCAAGGAAAUGAAUGAUAUAGACUAUAGUACUGUUUGUGUGCCCCCUGUAUCUCACAGUAAGAUAGUGAACCGGAUAGACGGUGAUGGAGAUGGCUAUGUCACCAUCACUGAACUGAAGGCCUGGAUCAAGCGGGUGCAGAAGCGUUACGUCUACGAGAACGUGGCCAAGGUGUGGACGGAUUACGACCUCAACAAAGACAACAAGAUCUCGUGGGACGAGUACAAGCAGGCUACCUAUGGCUACUACCUGGGUAAGAUAUGAUAUGACCUGCUUAUGACAUGUUCUGCCAGUGUUAUGUAGCUGUUAUGACUGAGAAUUCAAGCAAAGUUUUAUAUCUAUACGACUAAAGGCUGCCCCCUCACCUCUCACCUCUCUCUCCUCUCUCCUCUCUGUUUGUCCGACCCAUGGCCCCUCUGUCCUCUCUGGUUGUCUGACAGCUAACAAUAUCACACCUUCCAUCCAAAUUCAUUACCUACCUAGUUAUUUAAGCCAGCACCUCUACUUCAGUAGUUUGAACACCAACCACUUGUUUCUCUUUCCUCCAAGCUAACCCAGAGGAGUUUGAGGAGGCUAAAGACCAGUUCAGCUUUAAGAAGAUGCUGCCCAGGGACCAGAGGAGAUUUCAAACAGCUGAUCUGGAUGGAGACCUGGCGGCCGAUAGAGAAGAGUUCACCUCCUUCCUCCAUCCAGAGGAGUUUGACCACAUGAAGGACAUCGUGGUCCUGGUAAGUGUUCCAUAGUCCAGGGCUACAAAUCUGCACUGAAAGGUCUAGUGUUGGCCUGGAUGCCAGCCUGUUUUUGCUCAGUUAGCGGAAGCUCUAACAUGGGUUAUGGUUGUGUAGUAGUAGAUAGGAAAACCAAAACUCCACAGCAGCCUAGAAAACUGAUUUGAGAACCUCUGAUAACUUGUUAUGGUUUAAACGAAACGCCGUAACUCGAGCGUAUUUGAGAACCAGGUUUAAAACCUGAGUUAUGUGAAGAGUUCAAAGCUGUAUUGAUAACUCCUCAUCAUACUCUAUAGAUGGGUUGGCUGGCUUUCUGAAAAUGUUUUCUAAUUCUUGGAACAGAUGAGAGUUUGUGUGAAAUGUGUUUCUGUCUGAUGAUGUCCCACUAGGAGUGCUCUGCAUUCAGAUCCCUCUAAUGACACUUUACUCAGCCUGGAAAUGAUGUGUCGAUUUUUUGGAACAGGUCUAGUGGGACAAACCGACCCAUGCCACUUAAAUAUAAAACUGACAGCGCCGAACAGUCGCGUGGCAAACAUGGGGAAACUAAUGCACUAGGCUUCUGUCUUCAUAAAAGUUGUAAUACCCAUUUUACAGAGUUAAUUAUUGAUGGUUCAUUUUUCAGAAAUGUUUCUGGGUUGCUGCUUGGGCAGUGUUGUUUUCAUUGAUUGUGGUGAUCACACCCUGUGGUUGUAGUCAAUAUGGGGCAGUCUUUACAAGUAAGAACCAAGCCAUGACAUUAAGUCACAUCCAUCUUGUUAUUAUUGGGUAAUAUGACAUGCCUACUCCCUGACAUAGUAGGCCCAUAACCCCUAUACCACUCUAGUGUUGUAGAGGACAUGAACCCCUAUACCACUCUAGUGUUGUAGAGGACAUGAACCCCUAUACCACUCUAGUGUUGUAGAGGACAUGAACCCCUAUACCACUCUAGUGUUGUGGAGGACAUGAACCCCUAUACCACUCUAGUGUUGUAGAGGACAUGAACCCCUAUACCACUCUAGUGUUGUAGAGGACAUGAACCCCUAUACCACUCUAGUGCUGUAGAUGACAUGAACCCCUAUACCACUCUAGUGUUGUAGAGGACAUGAACCCCUAUACCACUCUAGUGUUGUAGAGGACAUGAACCCCUAUACCACUCUAGUGUUGUAGAGGACAUGAACCCCUAUACCACUCUAGUGUUGUAGAGGACAUGAACCCCUAUACCACACUAGUGUUGUAGAGGACAUGAACCCCUAUACCACUCUAGUGUUGUAGAGGACAUGAACCCCUAUACCACUCUAGUGUUGUAGAGGACAUGAACCCCUAUACCACACUAGUGUUGUAGAGGACAUGAACCCCUAUACCACUCUAGUGCUGUAGAGGACAUGAACCCCUAUACCACUCUAGUGUUGUAGAGGACAUGAACCCCUAUACCACUCUAGUGUUGUAGAUGACAUGAACCCCUAUACCACUCUAGUGUUGUAGAGGACAUGAACCCCUAUACCACUCUAGUGUUGUAGAGGACAUGAACCCCUAUACCACUCUAGUGUUGUGGAGGACAUGAACCCCUAUACCACUCUAGUGUUGUAGAGGACAUGAACCCCUAUACCACUCUAGUGUUGUGGAGGACAUGAACCCCUAUACCACUCUAGUAUUGUAGAGGAGAUAUCCUGGAUGAGUCAUGCUAUGGAGUGGUCUACAGUGCAUUUGGAAAGUAUUCAGACCCCUUCACUUUUUCCACAUUUUGUUACGUUACAGCCUUAUUCAAAAAUGUAUUAAAUACAUGUUUUUCCUCAUCAAUCUACACACACUAUCCCAUAAUGCCAAUGCGAAAACAGUUUAUUAGAAAUUUUUGCAAAUGUAUUAACAAUAAAAAAAACAAUAGCUUAUUUACAUAAGUAUUCAGACCCUUUGCUAUGAGACUCGAAAUUGAGCUCAGGUGCAUCCUGUUUCCAUUGAUCAUCCUUGAGAUGUUUCUACAACUUGAUUGGAGUCCACCUGUGGUAAAUUCAAAUGAUUGGACGUGAUUUGGAAAAGCACACACCUGUCUAUAUAAGGUCCCACAGUUGACAGUGCAUGUCAGAGCAAAAACCAAGCCAUGAGGUUGAAGGAAUUGUCUGGCGAGCUCCGAGGCAGUAUUGUGUCGAGGCACAGAUCUGGGGAAGGGUACCAAAACAUUUCUGCAGCAUUGAAGGUCCCCAAGAACACAGUGGCCUCCAUCAUUCUUAAAUGGAAGAAGUUUGGAACCACCAAGACUCGUCCUAGAGCUGGCCGCCUGGCCAAACUGAGCAAUCGGGGGAGAAGGGCCAAGAACCCGAUGGUCCCUCUGUCAGAGCUCCAGAGUUCCUCUGUGGCAAUGGGAGAACCUUCCAGAAGGACAACCAUCUCUGCAGCACUCCACCAAUCAGGCCUUUAUGGUAGAGUGGCCAGACGGAAGCCACUCCUCAGUAAAAGGCACAUGACAGCUCGCUUGGAGUUUGCCAAAAGGCACCUAAAGACUCUCAGACCAUGAGAAACAAGAUUCUCUGGUCUGAUGAAACCAAGAUUGAACUCUUUGGCCUGAAUGCCAAGCGUCACAUCUGGAGGAAACCUGGUACCAUCCCUACGGUGAAGCAUGGUGGUGGCAGCAUCAUGCUGUGAGGAUGUUUUUCAGCGGCAGGGACUGAGAGACUAGUCAGGAUCGAGGGAAAGAUUAACAGAGCAAAGUACAGAGCGAUCCUUGAUGAAAACCUGCUCCAGAGCACUCAGUACCUCAGACUAGGGCGAAGGUUCACCUUUCAACAGGACAACGUCCCUAAGCACACAGCCAAGACAAUGCAGGAGUUGCUUCGGGACAAGUCUCUGAUUGUCUUUGAGUGGCCCAGCCAGAGCCCGGACUUGAACCUGAUCUAACAUCUCUGGAGAGACCUGAAAAUAGCUGUGCAGCGACCCUCCCCAUCCAACCUGACAGAGCUUGAGAGGAUCUGCAAGGAAGAAUGGGAGAAACUCCCCAAAUACAGGUGUGCCAAGUUUGUAGCGUCAACCCAGGAAGACUCGAGGCUGUAAUCGCUGCCAAAGGUGCUUCAACACAGUACUGAGUAAAGGGCCAGAAUAGUUAUGUAAAUGUGAUAUUUCCGUUUUUAAUUUUUUAUAAAUUUGCAAAAAUGUCCAAAAACCUGUUUUUCCUUUGUCAUUAUGGGGUAUUGUGUGAAGAAGAAAUACAUUAAUCCAUUUUAGAGUAAGGCUAUAAUGUAACAAAAUGUGGAAAAGGUCAAGGGUUCUGAAUACUUUCCCAAAUCAUAUAUAAUUAUUUUCUAUAUUUUCUAUGAACACAUGUUCUUGUUUAUUAUUAGGCAACCACUUGACUUCCCAGGUUAAGUGAUCUUUAAACGUUCGGUAGGCUUCAGCGGGGGCAUUUAUAACCUGCUUGAAGCAGGCUGUGUGUGUAUGUGUGUAAAGCUAAGUGGGCUGGUAAGGGGGUUGACUGCAUUUUGAGGCAGUCAUAACAUAUCCGCUCUAAUAACAACUGCUACAACCUUAAGCGUCGUUCACAUUACCCAUAAGCACUCCGUUACGUUGCGCCAGAUGUCAUGCAUUUCAAUGGGGAUUUCCACAACUGCGUGGAAACACAACGCCCCUUGCGGUUGAAGGCUCCAUUGUGAGACUUUUUCAAACUUUGCAUCCUCUUCAGUCCAGCCAGAGUCCGUCGGAAAACAGGAAGUUACCAAACCACAGAAGAAAAUGAAAAUAUUGAUGGCUUUAUGGGAUAGCUAGCAACUUCUAAACAAUUACCCAUUCCUAUAAGUGAGUACUAUUUUAAUAGUAAUGUUACAUAAUACACAUUAGCUGUUAAGACAAUUAUAUUAUGACUGUUGCCUCCCAUUUUAAGUUUAUUGUGAUGGUAAUGAUGUUUGUUUUUUGAUGAUAAUUAUUAGGUGGAGGUCGCUAGCUACAAUGGUUUCUUCAACCAAGCCUAGCUUUUAGCUAGCUAGCUAGCUGCUCUGCAGUGCAGGCUAGCUUGACUUGCUAUAAAGUUAGAGAAACAAGUUGAGGGAAAAAGUAGCUAAACAAAACAUGUUUUAACACUUGAAACAAUAUAUUUAUCCUGUCUUAAAUAAAAAGGUCAUAUUUUGCAAUCUCCCAAAAUAAAUGCUAUCUCUGACGAGAGACAGGCUCUCCUCCAUCUUGCCUUACAAACACUACACUUGACUUGUCCGUUCAGUAGCGGGGCAAGACUCUGUGAAGAUGACGUACGGCGUAAUGAAAUGCGUCACGAUGUAAACGGGGCAUUAGGGAGGCAGUCAUGACAUAUCCUCUCUCUGAACAACUGCUACAACCUUAGGGAGGCAGUCAUUCAAAUAUAAGUUAAAUGUCAAACGAGGGAGCACAACACAACAAAUAUUGUGCAAUGUUGACAAGAUGAGUUGAGGCACUGUAAGCACACCUAAGAGACUGUAUAGGGUUAGAUGGUUAGACAUAUCUAAAAUGACUCAAGUAAAGCAACCAUACAUAGAUUGUUCUAAAAGAAGUGGCUAAAAUCUCUCAUCUCUGAAAACAAGCGGACAUCGUCUCCAGUCCAGGCGGUGAGCUGAUCAGCAGUGGCUCUGUAAUCGUAGUGUCACCCUGCCAGCCCAGCUGUAAGCAGAGCCUCGUAGCUCGACUCAUACUGCCUGGGGCUGUGUGUUUGAUCUUUUAUUACUGUCAGUAGUGAGAGUCCCACUGCUGUUGACCCCUGUGACCCCCUUUUAUGACAUCAUUGCCUGUGUUUGCGUGCAGGAGACCCUGGAGGACAUUGAUAAGAAUGGAGACGGACAUGUAGACGAGGAUGAGUAUAUUGGUGAGUUGGGAGAGGCGUGACUGGGGUUGACACUGCAUUAGAAGACUAAUCUUUCAUCAACACGGGUAACGGGUCAUUUUUACUCACAAAUGGGUUUUCUCUCCUUUUUCAGCGGAAUUUCCAUUUUUAUACACAGGGACAGGUCUACCCUCAUUUUAAUGCAUAACAAUUAUAUAUAUAUAUUUUUUUUUUUACAAUUUCCUCCACAAACUAUACCAUGUUCUUAUGGUAUAUUGGGGCUGUUUACAAGGUUUGGUGUUAGUAUCCUCCUGGGUCUUAUAGUCUAGUCUAGAGGAAGAGUUCCUAACACAAGAUGUGGGCUAACCCCAUGGGCUCUGUGACCUGAUUAGGAAUCAAAGGCCUGUUUGUUGGUUGCUCUGGGAAAGCUCUGCUGUGAGGCUGCAUGCGACGUCAGUCUGCUGACUUAGUCUGUCUGCCUAUUAUAGGAUUUCACUGUUCAUUUUUGGUAGCGUUUUUAUAGGAAUGUCCGCUUAGAAACUGCUUGGAAACAUUACUUAGCUAGCUUGUUAACCAUUAGUUAUAUAGCGUUUUGAUUACGUUACAGGUCCUUAUAGUAAAUGGUUUAUACAGGGAAUGCAAAUGAGCACAUGAACAAACAAUGAUUUACUAAAAAUGUACUAAUGGUUAACAAACUAUUUAGUUAUGGUUUGUAAGCAGACUUUCAAACAAAGAGUUUGCUUUUUGACCUUCUUUGAGUAUGUCAUCUAAUCACAUAUAUUCCUGUGUCAUUGCAGCGGACAUGUUUUCCCAUGAGGAGGGGGGCCCAGAACCAGACUGGGUCAGGACGGAGCGGGACCAGUUCUCUGACUUCCGGGACCUGAACAAGGACGGCAAAAUGGACGUGGAGGAGAUCCGCCACUGGAUCCUGCCCCAGGACUACGACCACGCAAUGGCAGAGGCCCGACACCUGGUUUACGAGUCAGACCAGGACAAGGUACUGAUCCUGUAACCUAGUUUACGAGUCAGACCAGGACAAGGUACUGAUCCUAUAACCUAGUUUACGAGUCAGACCAGGACAAGGUACUGAUCCUAUAACCUAGUCUACAAGUCAGACCAGAACAAGGUACUGAUCCUAUUACCUGGUCUACAAUUCAGACCAGGACAAGGUACUGAUCCUAUUACCUGGUCUACAAGUCAGACCAGGACAAGGUACUGAUCCUAUAACCUGGUCUAUGAGUCAGACCAAGACAAGGUACUGAUCCUAUAACCUGGUCUACGAGUCAGACCAAGACAAGGUACUGAUCCUGUAACCUGGUCUACAAGUCAGACCAAGACAAGGUACUGAUCCUGUAACCUGGUCUACAAGUCAGACCAAGACAAGGUACUGAUCCUGUAACCUGGUCUACAAGUCAGACCAAGACAAGGUACUGAUCCUGUAACCUGGUCUACAAGUCAGACCAAGACAAGGUACUGAUCCUGUAACCUGGUCUACAAGUCAGACCAAGACAAGAUACUGAUCCUAUAACCUGGUCUACAAGUCAGACCAAGACAAGGUACUGAUCCUAUAACCUGGUAUACAAGUCAGACCAAGACAAGAUACUGAUCCUAUAUGAUUCCCAACGAUUGCUUGUUUAAGUUUUCACUCCUAUUUACCAGUUUUAUGGCUGGUAAUAUUAUGUAGGAUAAAGAUCUUGAGUUUGAAUUUCAAGUGUUAGUCCUUAGUAGUAGGAUAUCUUAUAUACUCUAUACAGUGGGGGAAAAAAUUUAUUUAGUCAGCCACCAAUUGUGCAAGUUCUCCCACUUAAAAAGAUGAGAGAGGCCUGUAAUUUUCAUCAUAGGUACACGUCAACUAUGACAGACAAAAUGAGAUUUUUUUUCUCCAGAAAAUCACAUUGUAGGAUUUGUAAUGAAUUUAUUUGCAAAUUAUGGUGGAAAAUAAGUAUUUGGUCAAUAACAAAAGUUUCUUAAUACUUAGUUAUAUACCUUUUGUUGGCAAUGACACAGGUCAAACGUUUUCUGUAAGUCUUCACAAGGUUUUCACACACUGUUGCUGGUAUUUUGGCCCAUUCCUCCAUGCAGAUCUCCUCUAGAGCAGUGAUGUUUUGGGGCUGUCGCUGGGCAACACGGACUUUCAACUCCCUCCAAAGAUUUUCUAUGGGGUUGAGAUCUGGAGACUGGCUAGGCCACUCCAGGACCUUGAAAUGCUUCUUACGAAGCCACUCCUUCGUUGCCCGGGCGGUGUGGUUUGGGAUCAUUGUCAUGCUGAAAGACCCAGCCACAUUUCAUCUUCAAUGCCCUUGCUGAUGGAAGGAGGUUUUCACUCAAAAUCUCACGAUACAUGGCCCCAUUCAUUCUUUCCUUUACACGGAUCAGUCGUCCUGGUCCCUUUGCAGAAAAACAGCCCCAAAGCAUGAUGUUUCCACCCCCAUGCUUCACAGUAGGUAUGGUGUUCUUUGGAUGCAACUCAGCAUUCUUGUCCGCCAAACACGACGAGUUGAGUUUUUACCAAAACGUUCUAUUUUGGUUUCAUCUGACCAUAUGACAUUCUCCCAAUCCUCUUCUGGAUCAUCCAAAUGCACUCUAGCAAACUUCAGACGGGCCUGGACAUGUACUGGCUUAAGCAGGGGGACACGUCUGGCAGCGUAGUGUGUUACUCAUGGUAGGCUUUGUUACUUUGGUCCCAGCUCUCUGCAAGUCAUUCACUAGGUCCCCCCGUGUGGUUCUGGGAUUUUUGCUCACCGUUCUUGUGAUCAUUUUGACCCCACGGGGUAAGAUCUUGCAUGGAGCCCCAGAUCGAGGGAGAUUAUCAGUGGUCUUGUAUGUCUUCCAUUUCCUAAUAAUUGCUCCCACAGUUGAUUUCUUCAAACCAAGCUGCUUACCUAUUGCAGAUUCAGUCUUCCCAGCCUGGUGCAGGUCUACAAUUUUGUUUCUGGUGUCUUUUGACAGCUCUUUGGUCUUGGCCAUAGUGGAGUUUGGAGUGUGACUGUUUGAGGUUGUGGACAGGUGUCUUUUAUACUGAUAACAAGUUCAAACAGGUGCCAUUAAUACAGGUAACGAGUGGAGGACAGAGGAGCCUCUUAAAGAAGAAGUUACAGGUCUGUGAGAGCCAGAAAUCUUGCUUGUUUGUAGGUGACCAAAUACUUAUUUUCCACCAUAAUUUGCAAAUAAAUUCAUUAAAAAUCCUACAAUGUGAUUUUCUGGAAAAAUAAUUCUCAAUUUGUCUGUCAUAGUUGACGUGUACUUAUGAUGAAAAUUACAGGCCUCUCUCAUCUUUUUAAGUGGGAGAACUUGCACAAUUGGUGGCUGACUAAAUACUUUUUUUUCCCACUGUAUGUAAACUUGACCGGUUUCUCUCUCCUCAGGACACAAUGCUGACCAAGGAGGAGAUCCUGGAGAACUGGAACAUGUUUGUAGGAAGUCAGGCCACCAACUAUGGAGAAGACCUGACCAAGAACCACGACGAACUCUGAGCAUAAUUUAGUGUAGGUGUGUGUUUGUGGCAGGGCGGUUGGACCUCAACUGAGCAUCGUCAACCUCGACCACCAACUUGUCUGGUCCUCAGCCUUAUCCUGCUGAAUGGGACAGAUGUAGACCCAACACUGCAUUAACCCCCGAGGGGAGGGUCCAAGGAAUGGUCUGUUCUUACCACUGACGGUCGAGGUCCUCCUGAGCGGCUGGACAGGGUUUGGUCCUGUUUCUGACAUUUAGGAACAGAUAUUGACCACACCGAACCUCUGUGCGACUGCGUUGACAGUGCUUAUCGGCCAGACACCCAUAACCUGGUCUACAAGUCCCCUACCACAGAUCUAUCCAUCUGGUCUACAGCAACAGGACAGUUGAUCAACUGAAUCCGUAUAUAACCUGGUCACAGUCGCGAAGUAAUCUAUACCGGUUACAGUCGACCAGACAGGUACUAUCCAAACUGGUUACAAGUCGACAAGACAGGUACUGAUCCUAUAACCUAGUCUACGAGUCACAGAGUACUCCUGGUCUACAGUCGACCAAGUGAUCACUAUCCGUCGACAAACAAGGUAUGAUCCUAUACCUGGUCUACAAGUCAGACCAAGACAAGGUACUGAUCCUAUAACCUAGUCUACGAGUCAGACCAAGACAAGGUACUGAUCAUAUAACCUGGUCUACAAGUCAGACCAGGACAAGGUACUGAUUCUAUAACCUAGUCUACGAGUCAGACCAAGACAAGGUACUGAUCCUAUAACCUGGUCUACAAGUCAGACCAAGACAAGGUACUGAUCCUAUAACCUAGUCUACGAGUCAGACCAAGACAAGGUACUGAUCCUAUAACCUGGUCUACAAGUCAGACCAAGACAAGGUACUGAUCAUAUAACCUGGUCUACAAGUCAGACCAGGACAAGGUACUGAUCCUAUAACCUGGUCUACGAGUCAGACCAAGACAAGAUACUGAUCCUAUAACCUGGUCUACAAGUCAGACCAAGACAAGGUACUGAUCCUAUAACCUAGUCUACGAGUCAGACCAAGACAAGGUACUGAUCCUAUAACCUGGUCUACAAGUCAGACCAAGACAAGGUACUGAUCCUAUAACCUAGUCUACGAGUCAGACCAAGACAAGGUACUGAUCAUAUAACCUAGUCUACGAGUCAGACCAAGACAAGGUACUGAUCAUAUAACCUGGUCUACAAGUCAGACCAAGACAAGGUACUGAUCCUAUAACCUGGUCUACAAGUCAGACCAAGACAAGGUACUGAUCCUAUAACCUAGUUUACGAGUCAGACCAGGACAAGGUACUGAUCCUAUAACCUAGUCUACAAGUCAGACCAGGACAAGGUACAGAUCCUAUAACCUAGUCUACGAGUCAGACAAAGACAAGGUACUGAUCCUAUAACCUAGUCUGCGAGUCAGACCAGGACAAGGUACUGAUCCUAUAACCUAGUCUGCGAGUCAGACCAGGACAAGGUACUGAUCCUAUAACCUGGUCUACAAGUCAGACCAAGACAAGGUACUGAUCCUAUAACCUGGUCUACAAGUCAGACCAAGGCAAGAUACUGAUCCUAUAUGAUUCCCAACGAUUGCUUGUUUAAGUUUUCACUCCUAUUUACCAGUUUUAUGGCUGGUAAUAUUAUGUAGGAUAAAGAUCUUGAGUUUGAAUUUCAAGUGUUAUUCCUUAGUAGUAGGAUAUCUUAUAUACUCUAUAUGUAAACUUGACCAGUUUCUCUCUCCUCAGGACACAAUGCUGACCAAGGAGGAGAUCCUGGAGAACUGGAACAUGUUUGUAGGAAGUCAGGCCACCAACUAUGGAGAAGACCUGACCAAGAACCACGACGAACUCUGAGCAUAAUUUAGUGUAGGUGUGUAUUUGUGGCAGGGCGGUUGGACCUCAACUGAGCAUCGUCAACCUCGACCACCAACUUGUCUGGUCCUCAGCCUUAUCCUGCUGAAUGGGACAGAUGUAGACCCAACACUGCAUUAACCCCCGAGGGGAGAGUCCAAGGCAUGGUCUGUUCUUACCACUGACGGUCGAGGUCCUCCUGAGCGGCUGGACAGGGUUUGGUCCUGUUUCUGACAUUUAGGAACAGAUAUUGACCACACCGAACCUCUGUGCGACUGCCGUUGACAGUGCUUAUCGGCCAGACACCCAUCUGGCUUAGCUGCCUUUUUAGAUAUAUUUAGAGGUAGCCAUCAUCAAAUAACCAUCUUUGACCGUUUGAUAAUUUCCCUUAUAUUGUAUUUUCUUUAAACCUUACAUGUCUUAGCAGAGAUGAGAACGUAGGGUUGAUCGUCAGGAAUAUUUUAUUUGAUUGUGGUUUGAAUGUGAAAACAAAGCACAACCUAGAAUACUAACUCUAAUUGUAUUUAUUUAGUUAACUUGAGGAGGCGAAGAAGCCUGGGAGGUAUAAUAGUUAGAGGUCAGUGGGUGUUUAUAGCGUUUAUGAAGGCUGCCUAUUUUUGGAACUUGUCAGAUAUCACUACACUCUUUCUGUUUUUAUACAGUGGACACAGAUGUUGUUUUUGUUUGUUUUGCUGGCCAGUAAAUACUAUUUUACAAAUUACAUUUUUUGAAGUGCUCUUGGAUUUGUGAGCUUCCUCUUGUAAAAUGUUUUAUGAACUCUUACUAACACCCAUCUUAAUGUCAUGCUCUUUGCACGCAUUUGUUUUCCAAUACAGUCUGUGAAAACAUUCAUUUUAUUCAUAUUUUAUUCACUUUUGCUUUGUUCGCUUGUUUAUUUUUAUACACUUAAGGCCUGCAUGUGUCAAAAUUGAAUAUGAGUUUCAUGCAAAAUAACCAGGCUAUUGUCGUGAUGAAAAUGUAAGUUUAGCCUUUUCAUUGUUGUGGAAAUGGGAGUUUUGCAGUGAUGUAAAAUGACUUGAAACGCAGGAGAAUAGGGGUUGCAGAGUACUGUAUGCAUGUCCUCCGUUACCUCAAAGCUGCUUCUCAUAUUGACACUAUUGUUCACGUUGUAAGAUAGGACUUCCUGUUAUAUCACUUCCUCUUGUACCAUGCCAAAUGUACUCCCUUGUGUAUAUUAAUGUUUUUGAAAAAGAAACACAUUUUCCCA